CAUCUUCCCAGUUCUUAAAUGAUGAAUAGGUGCAAGAAGGCGCGUUAUUUGUGUGCGAAAUCUUUUUUUGUUACCUCUCCAACAAAUGCAGAUGGUACAUUCCGCUGAAGAUAUCACAGCGGCCAGGCGUCUGCAGUUCUUAGCGUACCUAUGCACGUCGACAGCGACAUUCUGGACCUAUGAUUAUAUUUGCUCAAUUCACGAAGAGUGGGAAUUCCUGCUUCGGUCGCGCUGGACCAAGGUAAAAGCCCUUUAUGUCAUUACACGCUCCAUGGAUUUCACCCUGAACGAGAACCCCAAUAAAUGCCAGAUAUUUAUCAAUAUCUACUCAUGUUUCGGUCUCGUAUCAGUCACUUGCGCUGAAUGCCUUUUUGUGCUCAGAACAUGCGCACUCUGGACCAACAACAGAAUGUUACUCGUGACCAUGCUGUCCACCCUUCUUGCUAUCGUCGUGGUUUCACUCGGCACUCGUUUUAUUUCCACCUCAUAUAUUAUGACUAGCACGAUCCUAGGCUUCACAGGCUGCUACCGAAUCUCAAGCAGUAUCCAAUUCUUUAUGCCGUUUCUUCUCUUUUUUGUGUUUGAACUGGGAUUGGUCUCACUCACACUCAUACGUGCCAUACAGAGUUGGCGGCUGGCCAAUGGCCCUCUGUACGUUGUCCUGAUAAAGCAUAACAUAUUCUACUAUGCAUGCGGUCUGCUUCUCUCGGCCGUCAACGUCCUCAUGCCAGUACUGUCUUCCAAUUCCGCAUAUCACACUCUCCUUGAAGAUUUGCAGUUCUUCCUCCUUGCGAUCCUCGCCACGCGGAUGCACAUGCAUCUCUGGCAGGUUGAUAGGCACGUGCAUGGCUCUGACGCCCUCGUGUGGGUUUCUGUGUCCGACACGUCACUUGCGUUGUGACAUCUUAUCGCGUGGCUCGAUUAAAUGUCGUUUGUGGAGUUGGUUUGGACUAUGAGAUGUCGAUGAUGACUGGUGGGGCUGCCACGGGCUGGGUUCGGAACGCACUUAAAUUAUAGGAAUCCAUUCUUGUCAUGGGCGUCAGACGUCUCCGUCGAUAGGGUACGGUUGAAAAGUCACUUUUUUUAACAGCUACGUUACAUAAUAAUGGUUAAAAACACUGUUGAAAAGUGGUCACGUCCUGAGGCC